AUGAACGAUCAAGAAGCUUUCGCAAUCGCUGUCGAAGAAGCAGAGAUGGGAUAUAACGAGGGAGGAGUUCCUAUUGGAGCCGCUCUUGUAUCUCGCGAUGGUAAAUUACUCGGCCGCGGUCACAACAUGAGAGUUCAGAAAGGGUCCGCCAUUCAUCAUGGUGAGACUUCUGCCCUCGAAAACUCAGGUCGUCUCCCAGCAUCGGCUUACAAGGGGGCUACUAUGUACACUACACUAAGUCCAUGCGACAUGUGCACAGGAGCGUGCAUCCUUUACGGAAUCUCGAGAGUUGUCAUUGGAGAGAACAAGACCUUUCUUGGUGGUGAAGCAUAUCUCAAGCAAAGAGGUAUCGAGGUAGUGAUACUCGAAAAUAAGAAAAUGCAAGAUCUCAUGGAGAAGUUCAUAUCGGAGAAGCCGGAAAUAUGGAACGAAGACAUUGGAGAAGAAGAGAGGGUUCACUCGAAAGAGCUCAAAUGA